UCUGAAACCCCAAUCUAUGUACUGUGACCAAAGGUUGACCAAGGGCACAGGCCAAGGAGCCAUUCCAGGCCGACCCUGAUUUGUGGGUCCUUGGACGGGGUCCAUGAACUGCUUCACUAAAUUGUAUCUGAAAACCCCAGUUGACAGGGUUUUUCUGGAAUAGAGAGCCACCCGGACGACUUGGUCGUAAGGUACAGGUUGAAGUCAUGCAGCAUGCCCCCACGAAUAUUUCUCGGGACACCGGCCCCUCCAGAUGUUUGGCCAAAAAGAAAAAAAAAGAUGUUUCUACUCAAAAAAGCGAGUGACAUGAUCUGGGUCAUGUCUGCCUUCUAGGAGACUCACGAGGCACAUGAACUUCCGAAGGGUCUGAGACAUCUGACUGAAGUAAAGGAACAUUUUUGUGACAAAUUAAUGUGGCUUCAAUCAACGUUUCAAAACUUCAUUGGCCGAGGAAUACUCAUGUAGCGACCGUCUAACUGGACCUCCAGGAGCCAGGACCCCCAGGAACGGUCUCGGGAAACUGCUCAUCAACAAGCAGGUACGGGAGUCUUUUGUUGGUCUCCCAGCACCAGGAGAGCCCAGCCUCAACACGAGGACCAUGCGCGUUGCUGCGAGACCGUGAAAACAGCUCUAUGGCUGGAGAACAGAGAGGAGAGACUGACCCAAUAGGUCCUUCAGUCGCCGAGGACCCGUCGGCCUCACCUCAGGAAGCUUUGCCCAUAAUAACGAUCUGACCCCCAGGAAAUGGCAGCGCAGCUUGUAGUUAUGACAACAGCAGCAACAAGAUCACCUUCCCCAUAAACCACGUGGUAGAGAACCAGCCAAGUGUUACCCGAGCAGCUGGCUUCCAACGGCUCAUCUCAGAAGUGCCCCCUCUUUCUUCACCGUUGAAAAGCCCACAGGCGCAUUAUCACCCGUGUUGAGUGCUUCUCAUGUGGCCCCGAGGCCCGCACCAUCCAAGGCUCUUCUGAAAACACCUGCACACUGUGGACUACUGAGGGAACUGCACCGGGGAUAUGUGGGGGGACGACAGAAUGGUCCCUCACAAUACCAGCUGCUUUCAUUUCCCACGAGUUCCCCAUGAGAGGAAGAAGGAGAACAAGAAGCAUGAAGAGCCGCCUGAAGGCCUGGCCCAGCCUCAUGGUCAGCUGCUGGAGAAGGGCGAGGGUGUCCACAUCCCUGAGGACAGAACAGAGGACACAGGAGGUGACCAGUCUACUGAGGAAGGCCCUCCUCUCAGCAAAACAGAAGCACGAAAAGAUGCCAAAGGAACAGACCUGAAGCUGCCGACCCCCCUGGGACCUGUGUAUCCACCGUUCAUCUCGAGUCCGAGCUCCAAAGCUGUGGGACGAAGCUGGCAACUGUCUCCUCCCGCAGCAAAGAACUUCCAAAUACACGACCAGGGCCCUUUCCGGGACCUCCUGGACAUGAAGACGGAGAAGAGACUGGCCGGCUGGAAGGAGCGUCGCAGUCGCUACGGGGACAUCAACAUGCACAAAUACUAUCAGCUCGGGCAGGUCUUCACCCCUUUCCGGGCCCUCGCCACCAUGGAGAUGCGAAGGCUGGUAUUUCCCCAACACCUGCCCAUGAGUCUGCACAUGCGCAAAAUGGGCAUUUCGUGCACCGACGAAAGGACUCUCCGAGACUUGCCUUUGUCUUCCACAGAGCUGGGCUUGGGAAUGGAUGACAACACCCAUGAGAAAGAGAAACCAGCGGGCCAUGUUAGAACACCUUUAUUCCCCCCAAUAGUUAAAGCGGCAAAAUUUAAAAACAUGAAAAAAUAA